AUGGAGGUGAUCAAGGUGAGCACCUGUUUUUGUGGACAGUUGGACGCCCCUCCCUGCUGUCCCCUCAUCUCCAGAGACGAGACCCUGUUUUCCCCAACUACCCCCACCUCUUUUGGCCCUGGGCACCUUACUCCCCACAACCCCCUACUCAGGUAUCACUCUCCUCGGGUCUCUCUCCACACAGACACCCCUCUGUGUCUCUUGGCAGUGGCAGUGAUGUCAUUCACAGUGACCAGUGUAUCGACGAAGACCACUCAGCGACCAAAGUACCAAUACACCAAGAAGCCCAUGCCUUACCGCGAGCAGCCCCGGAUUACCAUGCAGCCCCUAACCACCAUCAUCCCUAAGACACUGAAAUCAGUGGAGAAAUCAGAUCCCAUGGAUCCCUACCCCCUGGUUACCACAGAGACCCCAACCUACCCCAGUGAUGCCAACCAGGAUUACUAUACUGAAACCACAGGGCCCCCUGGUGUUGGGCAUGAUAAUUACACCUUGGAUUAUAACGAGUGCUACUUCAACUUUUGUGAGUGCUGUCUACCAGAGAAGGACCCUCGAGGGCCAAAAGGGGGCAGAGGACUACCAGGAGUUAAAGGUGACCAAGGAUACCCUGGAAUGGCAGGAACUCUGGGUAUCCCAGGGAAACAAGGAGAGAGCGGUGGAUUUGGCUUUAAAGGUGAAAAAGGUGACAGAGGGCCUCCUGGGGUCAAAGGUGACUGGGGGGAGAAGGGUGAAAGCCAAAAUGGGACUAAGGGUGAGAAAGGGGAACCUGGAAUAGAAGGCCCAACCGGACCCCCAGGGCUGGCUGGGGCACAAGACUUGAAGGGGGACAAGGGUAACAAAGGGGAGUGUGGGACAUUUGGGGAGAGAGGACUGAAGGGCGAUAGAGGGGACCCUGGGCCUCCAGGUAUUCAGGGACAGGUGGGCCUUCCUGGGGUGGAUGGCAUGCAGGGCUCCCCUGGUGUGGCGGGUGACCAGGGGGAUCCAGGACCACCAGGGGCUCAAGGUGAGCCAGGGGUGCGAGGGCUGCCUGGACACCAGGGAGGGAGGGGGAUGUUUGGGCCAAAGCGUGACAGAGGCUCCCCCGGAAUGAGAGGGGACAGGGGCCCUCGGGGGAUCAGAGGGGCGAAGGGUAACGGGGUCAGUGUGGGCCUCUCCCCCAGUAAGUCCUUCCCUCCAUCGGGCUUCCCCGUCCGCUUUGACAAGGUCUUCUACAACGGAGAGAACCACUACAUCUCCUCCCCCAACAGCUUCACCUGUGCCCACGGGGGGGUCUACAUGUUAUCCUACCACAUCACAGUGCGGAACAAGCCCCUGCGCGCCGCCCUGGUAGUCAAUGGGGUGAGGAAGGUGCGGAUGCGAGACUCUCUGUAUGGGCAGGACAUCGACCAGGCAUACAGCCUGGUACUGCUGCAGCUGGCGGUGGGGGACCAGGUAUGGCUGGAGACACUGAGGGACUGGAAUGGAGUCUACGCCAGCAGUGAUGACGACAGCACUUUCUCUGGCUUCCUGCUCUACGCUGACAAGCCCUGA